AUGGUACAACUGACAACAACAAUGACAAUUGCUGUAGCAACGAUGAUAGCGAUUAUGUGUCAAUUGGGUUGUUAUGGUGCAGCAAUUCAAAAUCGAAGAAAACGUCAGGGUGGAUUAGCACCAAAAUUUGACUUAAACAGUGGCGCUUUUACAGUAACGUUUGCUGGUACUGCAAUUUCAUAUACUGGUUUCGAUAGCAAUGGAGGAGGUGUUACUGUAACAAGUUCCUUAUUAUCUAUUACAGCUACUGAACUAUUGAUAGCUGGAGGUGGUACUAAUGAUCAAUAUUCGUAUUCUGCAACUAUAACACAAAUGAGUACCAGCUCUAUUUUCCCUACUGAACCAACAUUUGAUUUAAACACCAGCAAUGUAACGUUUAGUACAGAUGGCAAGAAUAUAAUCAUGUCCGGAACAGAUACGAAUCAACAACCUAUCACGGAAGUAACUCCAAUUGGUUCUGCAACCUUCUCUCCAGCAAAUUUGCAGAUCUCUAGUAAUGGCGAACUACAUAUGUACCAAUGGACAAUGAUUGCUGUUACAGUAACAGUUUAA